GAAAGCUCUUCGCGGGAGCUUAUUCAGUAGAGCGCGACAGGUUUGCGUGUUCGGACACAUUCGGGACACGUCCUCCUAGCUACUUGCCGAAUUGGUUCCUCGGUCCUUACGGGUGGUUCAGUGUGAAUCAAAGAAACUAUUAUUUACCAUGGUGACCCGUGCCAAGGAUUUCCGGAUGAAUAGCGUUUCAGAUGACAUGUCUGGCUACAUCCGACCACCAGAAAGUCAUCUAACGGCAGUGACCAGGGUGCUUGGAGUGUGCACAGCUAUAGUCGUAUGCGGCGUCGGCGUCGAUGUGGCCUACCACCGUCACCUGAUCGGCUAUUACGUUACAGCGGCGUCCGUCCUGAUUUUCUUCCUGGAGAUCACUUGGGCCAUCACGCUCUUCGUGCAGAUCUGUGUGAGGAACGAGGACUCCAUUUGUUCCUGUUGUUGGUUCGGUGUCCUGUCGUUGACGAGAGGCUGGCGGAAGGCACUCCUCUACCUGCCGCUCUCCUGCCUUUUAGCCUGGAAACCUCACAGACUUUGGCUCUCCUUCGUCGCUGCUGGGCUCCUGGCAGUUUUGUCUUUGUUGCACGUCGCGUCCAGUGCUUUGAAUCGACGCAACAGUCAAUCCAGCGGGGGUCUGGAUUCUGUGGGUGAGAGUCUACUCAAUGGGAGACCCGAGAGCUACGACCGCUUCGAAGAAGUCCUGGUAACGGAAGUUCUGGACGACGGCGUUUCCGGACCCCCAGGACGGAUGGGAGAUAGCGACGGGGAAAUGUGACAUGAGAGGCAGCCCUCCUGGGCAAGCGAAUCGGACGAGGACAGCGAACCGGAACAAAGGACGUGUCAGAUCGCCACGUUAUCCUAGUCUUUGGAACAUGAGCAGGACUUCAGUUUCGACAUUCAUAUGCGAACGACUUUGCACCUCCACCGUCCGUCUGCGUAGAACUCGUGCCAGGAGGAGCUUCGUCCAUCGCGUGAAUGAUGCAGGAUUCAGGUGCCUGCUUAGAAGUCAAUGAGCUUGCUUGGAGUGGAAUAGAGUUAUCGCCGGGAGUGACGAACGUGCCCGACAGGAGAUCAAGGAGGCAAAUUCAAAGAAAAGAACAAUAGAAAAGUUUGAAGGAUAAACCCUUUGAAGAAAGUGAGCGGACGCCUCAGGUAAAGGGAUGAGUGGUGACUGUUCUCGAAGCAGCUACGGGAAUUCGCCACAGAGCGGAUCUCGCUUUCCCAGAGGACUGUGCCAGUAAGAAGUGUGUAUUAUUUCAGAGAUACAAAAGGGAGAAACGCGAGAGGUACGAUUUUAUACGUAAAAAUGUCUAUUGAUAUCGAGUCGUAUUGCAGAUAUUUGUGUAUAAUAUAGUUCUACUAGCAAAGGUUCUAUUAUUAUAAAUUAAAUAUUAUAAAAUUAUAAUGUUGUACGCAUCACAGUUGA